AUGCAAAUUGGAACAUAUGCAUUUUCUAAUACUUACAUAUCAAGUAUUACAUUUCCUUCCUCAUUAACUUUCUCCGACUAUACUGUUGCUUAUUGCAGUAAACUGAAAGAAAUUGUUCUUCCAGAUGACUUAACAUCAAUUCCGCCUUACUUUGCAUACAUGUGCACUAACCUUAAUAGUGUUGAAGCAAAAGGAGCAACAGUAAUUCAAAAAAGAGCAUUUCAAUUUUGUAUUAAUUUAGAAACUGUUAAAUUUUCUACGGUCACAGCAUUUCAAGAAUAUUGUUUCAGUUAUUGCUCUAAACUUAGAAUGCAAUUUGAUGAAAAAGUGCCAGUAACUUUUGAGGAGCAUUCUUUUGAAUUUUGUGAUUCACUAUCAUUUGACUCAGUACCAUCAACCUGGAGUUUUUCAGGGUCUUAUAAUUUUCUUGGAUGUAAUGGACUUACAUCCUUAAAAAUUGCAAAAUCCCCAGCACUUAUUCUUUCCAAGGCUGUCGUGGACUGA